GCCUCUAUAAGCGCCGCCGCGGGGCGGGCGCGGAGCUGCUGUUCGACUCGUCCCGUCCGGUCCCGCUCCGCUCCGCCCGCCCCCCCCCCGUCGGGAGCAUGUACCAGGGCCCUGCGCGCUGCCUGUGCUCGGCGCUGCCCGCCCUCUCCUGCGCACCCGUCGCGGCUGCCUCUGCCGCUCUGCUGCCGCCGCGGCCCCGCGCCCCCCCGCCGCCCCUCGGCCCCGCCGCCCCGCGGGCAGCAGCGGCAGUAGCAGCGGCGGGAGGCCCGUCCGCUCCGGGGGCGCCUCCCCGCACAGUGUGUUCCAUGGGAAACAGCACCAGCCAGCUCUACAGCGCACUCACCAAGACGUUGAGCAGCAGCGCCGUGUCCCAGCACCAGGACUGCCUGGAGCAGCCGGACUCUGCACGCCUGGAUCCUAUAGACCCCAAGGACCUGCUGCAGGAAUGUCAGAUGGUUCUGCAGAAACGGCCACCCCGCUUUCAGAGGAACUUUGUGGACCUGAAGAACACUGUCAGUAACCACCGUCCCAUUCGGGUCAUGCAGUGGAACAUCCUUGCCCAAGCUCUUGGUGAAGGCAAAGACAACUUUGUUCAGUGCCCCAUGGAAGCUCUGAAAUGGGAAGAGAGGAAGUGCCUCAUCCUGGAGGAAAUCCUUGCAUACAAGCCAGACAUCUUGUGCCUGCAAGAAGUUGACCACUACUUUGACACCUUUGAGCCGCUCCUCAGCCGACUGGGCUACCAGUGUACUUUCUUCCCCAAGCCGUGGUCCCCGUGCCUGGAUGUGGAGCAGAACAACGGGCCGGAUGGCUGUGCCUUGUUCUUCGUCAAAGACCGCUUUGAGCUCAUCAACAGUGUUAACAUCCGGCUAACCGCCAUGAAGCUGAAAACCAACCAAGUGGCCAUAGCUCAGACGCUGAAGUGCAACGAAACUGGAAGACUGUUCUGCAUUGCCGUCACUCACCUCAAAGCUCGUACGGGUUGGGAGAGGUUUCGAUCUGCGCAGGGCUGCGAUCUUCUCCAGAACCUGAAGAGCAUCACCCAAGGUGCAAAGAUCCCUCUGAUCAUCUGUGGAGACUUCAAUGCAGAGCCAACUGAGGAGGUCUACAAAGAGUUUUCCAACUCCAGCCUCAACCUAAACAGUGCGUACAAGCUGCUGAGCCCCGAUGGGCAGUCAGAGCCCCCUUACACCACCUGGAAGAUCCGGCCAUCAGGGGAGUGCCGGCACACACUGGAUUAUAUCUGGUAUUCCCAGCAUGCCUUGAUUGUGAACUCGGCCCUGGGCUUGCUGACUGAAGAGCAAAUAGGGCCCAAUAGGCUGCCAUCAUUCAAUUACCCUUCUGAUCACCUAUCUCUGGUGUGUGACUUUAGUUUUAAUCAAGACCCCGACAGACUGCUGUAAUGUGUUGGAAUGCCACCUGGUAUUGCAGUGUCUUAACUCACCACUGUUUUAUUUUAGAGAAGACUUCUGAAGCUGGAAGCUAUUGAAGGAUGAUGAAAUACUGUUGACAAAACAUUAUUUCAGGCACUUGUUUGGAGUCACAUCUGCCUUUCAGUGCUUGUGAAUCUGGAUCCUCCAAGGGAGGAAGAAAGGAGUCUGUGUUCUCUUUGUGUUCUUGCCAUGUCAGGGUUUGAAAACUAGAAGGCAAAUGAGCUUUACCCUUUCACUAACCCUGUGUUUAAGGAUUUAAUCCUCUAAUGAAUGUGGAGGCCUUAGUAUUUAAAUCAAAACACUUGUGUUUGUAAAACAACUUGCCCUGGCAGCAUGCAGAUUUUAUUUAUUUCAUGUUUAGCUUGUGCAAGUACCAAAGGGAACGAGGCUUCACUACUCAGUGAGAUUCUCUUAAAUCUUUUUCUGGUCCAAUUAAUGCAGUUUACACAUGAACAAAUUUAAGCUCACACUAGUGUUGUCCUCAUUUUUACAUGACUUGAGAUGACGAUUUCAUUACAAGUGAAUGGAUAAUAGCACAGUGUGAGGAAAGCCCCCUCCAGAAAGAGCAGGCGAAGAAAUAAGCAGCUAAGUAUGUCACGUAGUAGUAUCCUAUGAAUGUGCAUGUGUCCAUUGCACACAUCCAGCCUUGUAGGUAUGUAUACACAGUGACCCUGACCUCUGUCCCUUCUGUGCCUCCUUCCAGAGGAUGCAUCUAACCAGGAGUAUUUCCUCCUCUGCUUCAAAUCCAACUUUUCUAAGUGGUUCAAUCUUACUGUUUCAGUGAAGGGCCAAUCUUUGUGUUGACUUUCUUUUAUUUAUCUUCAGAAUCUAAAGCUACACUGGAACCUGUCAGAAGAUAAAGUUUAUUUAUUGAGAAGUGUGUGAUCCUGCAUCUGACUUGAAAUCAUACAACAACAGUGCUCAGGAGCCUCUUUCCGUGGCCCAGGGGAGCUCUAGCCAAGCACCUAGGCUACAGUAGAGCUGUGUUAGUAUAAUAACUCUUGUGCAUGGAGUGGUGCUCAUUAGCAUGACAUUGGUAUUGCACAUAUGGGUUGUAAAUAUGCCACUAUGCUGGAAAAUGAGGUAGGGAGAGAGGAUGAGAAAGAGACAACUGUUGGAGUUGACUGACAUGUAGAUAGUUGAGAAACAUGAGGCAGAACAAAUAAAGCUGUAUUUCCAUGUCAAGUAAGGCCCAUAGUAACUCUUAAAUGUUCCAGGUGUUUAUUAAUAAAAGCCUUUGGCAAAAA